AUGGGGGAACACAGUCCAGACGACAGCAUCAGCUCCUUUGAGGUAGAGGAAGAUGAGCUGACCCCCGAUGACAAGAUGCUCAGGUUUGUGGAUAAGAACGAACUGGUGCCUUCCUCAUCUGGAACUGUUUAUGAUAGGACAACUGUUCUUAUCAAGCAGGGUCCUGGCACUUUGGAAGACGAAGAUGACGACGGACAGUGCAGAGAACACUUGCCUUUUCUAGUAGGGGGUGAAGAGGGCUUUCAUCUAAUAGAUCAGGAAGCAAUGUCCCAGGGUUAUGUGCAACACAUUAUCUCACCAGAUCAGAUUCAUUUAACAAUAAACCCUGGUUCCACGCCCAUGCCAAGAAAUAUCGAAGGUGCAACCCUCACACUGCAGUCAGAAUGUCCAGAAACGAAACGUAAAGAAGUAAAGCGGUACCAGUGCACCUUUGAGGGCUGUCCCCGCACCUAUAGCACAGCAGGCAACCUGCGCACCCACCAGAAGACCCACCGGGGAGAGUACACCUUUGUCUGUAAUCAGGAGGGCUGCGGCAAGGCCUUCCUCACCUCCUACAGCCUCAGGAUCCACGUGCUGCACACGAAGGAGAAGCCGUUUGAGUGUGAAGUUCAGGGCUGUGAGAAGGCGUUCAACACGCUGUACAGGCUGAAAGCACAUCAGAGGCUUCACACAGGGAAGACGUUUAACUGUGAAUCUGAAGGCUGCGGCAAGUGCUUCACCACGCUCAGUGAUCUGAGGAAGCGCAUUCGAACCCAUACAGGAGAAAAGCCAUUUCGGUGUGAUCACGAUGGCUGUGGAAAAGCAUUUGCAGCAAGCCACCACCUUAAAACUCACGUCCGUACACAUACUGGUGAAAGACCCCUUUUCUGCCCCAGUAAUGGCUGUGAGAAAACAUUCAGCACUCAGUACAGUCUCAAAAGUCACAUGGAAGGUCACGAUAACAAAGGAAAUUCAUACAGUGCACUUCUAAAUCACAAUGGAUCUGAGGAUACAAAUCACUCUUUGAGGAAUUUAAGCCUUCUGUCCACAGAUUCCGAAUUUCAAGAAAAUUCCAAUACAGGCCAGAACACUUUCAGCACACUUGCACCAGCCAUCAUUUUUGAACCAGCGUUCCAGAAGUCAGAUGAUCCAGCAGUUCAGGAAGAUCCUCAACAACAGCCUGGCAUCUCUGAGCCACCCCAGCCUCUGCUACCAGCCUCAGCACCGUCUGCUCCUCUGCCUGCUCCCUCCCUAGGAACUGGUUCCCAACAAGCUGCAUUUGGCAACCCCCCUGCUCUCUUACAACCUCGAGAAGUGCCUGUUCCCCACAGCACACAGUUUGCUGCUAAUCAUCAAGAGUUUCUUCCGCACCCCCAGGCACCGCAGCCCAUCGUACCGGGACUUUCUGUUGUCGCUGGAGCUUUGGCGUCGGCAGCGGCAGUGGCGUCAGCCAUGGCAGCACCGCCCACACAGAGUACUACUGAGCCCCUGCCGGCCAUGGUCCAGACUCCGCCCCUGGAUGCCAACUCCGUCCUAACUAGUAAUCCCGCUAUAACCAUCACCCCGACUCCCAGCACGGCUCUCCUGCAGCCCAGCCUCGUCAUGGGAGAACAGAACUUACAGUGGAUACUAAAUGGUGCCACCAGCUCACCACACACCCAAGAACAAAUUCAGCAAGCAUCUCAAGUUGAGAAGGUGUUUUUUACCCCUGCAGUACCAGUAGCCAGUAGCACAGGGAGCACUGUACAGCAGAUUGGCCUCAGCGUCCCUGUGAUCAUCAUCAAACAAGAGGAGGCCUGUCAGUGUCAGUGUGCGUGCCGGGACUCCGCCAAGGAGAGGGCGGCCAGCAGGAGGAAGGGCUGUCCGUCCCCUCCCGCUCCAGCGCUGAGCGCCCAGCCUCCUGAUGAGCCCAGCCUGAAGCUACCACCGCAGACUUUUUCCCCGCCCCCGAUCCCCCUGUCGUCCUCCUCCACCGCAUCCUCUUCCUGUGAGCAAAGCAGACAAGCAGUGACUCCUUCAGACCCUCAGACAGAAACGUUACGUGCCAUGGAUACGUCAGAGUUUCUGUCCCUCCAGAACCUGGACACGCCGUCCAAUCUGAUUCCCACUGAAGCACUAGUGCAGGAGGAGGAGGAGAUGGGCCUGACCAGCAGCUUCUCCAAGUGA